UCCAGACAGGCGUAUGUGGAGGAGGCGGAGGCUUUUCCCUUUAAUGAGAUUCACUGACAUUCAAUGACUUUGCUCAUAGGACACCGAUAUGGGCAUUGAUCUGGCCAAUCUGCCUGUUGACCGCGAUUAUGAUAUCCCCUCCGCUGCGGCGGGCAUCCCCUCCGAGAGGGCGUCCGCCAUUCUAUCCCAAUUCGAACGCAAACGGAGAGCUGCUGCUAUGGUGGUCCCCACCGAUGAUAGUCGAGUACGCGCACGAUUACGAGAGCUUGGGGAACCCAUCACUCUAUUUGGUGAAGGUCCCGCGGACCGGAGAGAUCGACUACGGGAACUCUUAACCGAUCUCGCCGAGCAACAGGAUGCGGCGGCAGCAGAAGGAGAUGUGGAUAUGAGAGAAGCGACAGAAGAGGCUGAGGAGGAGGAAGCAGAGCAGCAGGAGGAGUUUUACACUGAGGGUUCCCAAGAUCUGUUGGAGGCACGAAAAGCGAUCGCACGGUUCUCCCUUCCUCGUGCAAAGCAGCGCGUCGCCCGACAGAGAGAAGAAUCGACUAUUCCACUCCGAACGCACAUUAAGCACCGUAAAGCGGUUAAGGAGAAGUUACAUGGGUUUGAUCUUUACGGUUCACAGAUUGCAGGUGAUCGUCCAGUCAGCAUCUGUCGCUUUGCGCCAGAUGGGCAGACCAUCGCUACAGGUAACUGGGGUGGUGGGAUUAAGCUGCUUACGGUGCCAAACCUGGAGGAGAAACGGUCAUUUAAGGCACAUACAGAUCGGGUAGGUGGCCUGUCAUGGUUCCCAGGUGCUACACUGUCGACGUCCAAUGUUUCCGAAUCGACCGUCAACCUCGUUUCUGGAGGUGGCGAGGGAAAUGUGUGUCUCUGGUCGCUGGAUCAGGAUCAACCGAUAGCUACACUGUCAGGCCACAGUGGUCGUGUAUGCCGAACGGAAUUCCAUCCGUCCGGGAGAUAUGUGGCAUCCGCAUCCUAUGACACAACUUGGCGGUUAUGGGAUGUCGAGACGACCGCGGAACUCUUGCUCCAGGAAGGUCAUUCUCGGGAGGUCUACACUGUAUCUUUCAACAAUGAUGGUUCUCUUUUGGCCAGUGGAGGACUCGACAGCAUUGGACGUAUUUGGGAUCUUCGGACAGGCCGGACUGUGAUGAUCCUUGAAGGCCAUAUCCGUGAAAUCUACGGUUGUGACUGGGGUGUGGAUGGGUACCGUGUCCUGACCGGCUCAGGCGACGGCUGGGUAAAGUGCUGGGACUUGCGUCAAGUUCGGAAUACCGGUGGGAUCGGUGCGCAUAAAAGUGUCGUGUCUGACCUUCGGUGGUAUAAAGGAACAGAAUCUACCAGCUCCUACUUACCGUCUACCGAUGUGCAGAAUGGCCGGAUGGAUGUGGACGGCGAUCAACCCCCACAGUCGACACCUGUACAGCCAAGGAAGUCGGGCACUUUCUUUGUGAGCAGUGGAUUCGAUAAGAAUGUGAAUGUUUUCAGUGCGGACGACUGGUCAUUGGUGAAAAGCCUGAGUGGCCAUUCAGGCAAUGUGCUGAGUACCGAUAUCAGCGAUGAUGCGCAGUGGAUCGCUAGUUGCGGACACGACCGCACAGUCAAGCUUUGGGGUAUCGACGGCUAGGAUAACCGAAUAUGCUACAAUAUAAUAACGGGGUCAGUUUGCCCAGUCUAUGACCCUGUAUUACAGGUCACUACUUCAAAGUCUAGGUAGUCGAUUGCUCCAUACCUGAAUAUAGGAGCUUCGCUUGUCUAGUACCCAGAGAGUUGGGAAUUAUCUACGAUUAUACAAAUAUUGUUAUAAAAAUGGCCGAUCUCGCGAACCACGAACCGAU